AUGUUGCCCACUGGCGGAAAGUAUUACACGUGUCCAAUGUGUAAAGGAAAAGGUACGUAUUACGUCGACCAAACGGAGCUAAAAUAUGAAGUAACUAAAACUAGAAUAAAAUCAGGAUACUGCGAACAGAUCAAAUCUGCCUCGACGGGCCAAGUUCACCUAGCAUCCAGAUUACCUCCGAUAAAUUCUCAAGCUUCGCCUUCACCGAUUGGAAGAAAAAUUGAGGCAUGUAUCUUUGUUCGGUUGAAUUUUAAGGAUUUUUUAUACAGUAAAACUGGUCCGAAGGAAGAUAGCUUUAGGGGAGUCGUGGGAGAUGGAUCCUCAUUUUUGGAGCAGGAUUUAAUUGGGCCAGCAGAUAAACUUGAGAAUCCAGAAGAGACUUUGAAAUUCGCUCUUUCGAAGCUAAAAGAAAAUCAAUGGGACAGCAGCACUCAGGCUUUAUUGAAUAUUGCUCAGAUUUCACGGAUUCAGCCUGAGGUGUUAAGUUCAAACAUGACAAUAAUAAAUAGAAGCUUGUGCAGUCUACUGAAAAGUAUAAGAUCACAUGCCGUAAGAAUGGCGUGUCAAGUAGCGGAGGAAUUAUUUAAAACAAUGCAAUCGACAUCCAGGCCAGAAUUCGAUGAACUGGCUGUUACGUUAUUGCAAAAGUCUGCUCAUGUGAAUAAAGGGAUUCGACAGGAUGCAAAUAAAGCUCUAGAUGCCAUGGUGACUUAUAUACCCCUGACUCAUUGCGUUAGAGUAUUAUCUUUUGCCUGUGAAACAGAGAGCAAGAAUCCUCUUGUGCGAGCUACAGUUAGUCGAUUGGUUUAUAAUAUUAUUUCCAUGGUUGGAGUAGAUACUUUAAUGGGUAAAAGUAAUUUAAAAAACACGAGGGGGAAAAUAAUUUCAAUUUGUGCCAAAUUUCUUAUUGAUGGGAAUCAUGAGACAAGGAACAACGCGAAGAUGUCGGUGAAACUUUUAAUGAAACACGAAGACUUUGAGAUGUAUAUUAAUCAAUCUGUCGAUCAAAAAGUGAUGGAAAAAAUAGAAAAGGAACUCGUUGCAUUGAAGUACGCAUGA